AUGAAGUCUUUCUUUGCCAUUCUUCUUCCUAUUGCCUCGCUUGCCGUAGCUCAAGAGCUGCCAACUUGCACCGGAACCGUGAAAUGCUGCGCUGGAGUGACACCAUACUCAAUUCUGCCGAACGAAAUUCUCGCCGAUUAUGGGGUAGACGCUGGAGAUGAGGGCAACAUUUGUGGUAAUGGCACUAUCGUCACGGAGGAUUUCGAUGUGGAAAUUUGUGAUGUUGUCGAACAUACGGUUCAGUGCUGUCUGCCCUUUGUUCAGAGAGGGGAUCUUCCUGAGGAUUUGACUUUCAACUGCCACGACGUUUAG